AGAUGAGAAGUACAAAUCGGGCUCCUUCUAUGACGACUGGGUCGGGUCUGAGCUCUGAUUGGACUGCUUUUCGUUUGUCAAACCUGGCAACACCGCUGCAAAUUGCCUCCACAGCCAUGACCCAGUCAGAGGGCAAGAGUCAGUAGUGUGUGGGUCGGUAAGAAGGAAUGUAAAUGUCUGAGGACAAGGAAGCCCAGGAGGAUGAGCUGCUUGCUUUAGCAAGUAUCUAUGAUGAGGAGGUAUUCCGCAGAGCAGACUCGGCACAGGGGGGAGAGAUCCAACUCUGUCUGGAGCUUCCUCCUGAUUUCAAAAUUGUUGUUAAAGGAGAGAAGCAAACAGAUUAUAAUGUCUGCUUCUUACCUCCUUUGGUGCUCAACUUUGAGCUUCCUGCAGACUAUCCAUCCACAUCUGCACCAAUCUUCACCGUCAGCUCUAAAUGGAUGACGAGAGCACAGAUGAGCUUUGUCUGCAGACGCCUGGAUGAGUUGUGGGAAGAGAACCAAGGCUGUGUGAUUCUUUUCACAUGGAUCCAGUUCCUCAAAGAAGAAGCCCUGGACUUUCUGGGCAUCAAGUCUCCUCUUGAAGUGAUCAGGGGAGGAAGUAAGGCAGGUAGUGAACGCAGGAAAAUGGACCCCGCAGCCACAGCUCUGACGCAGUGUGGGAGUCACUCUGAAAAUGCUGAGGACAAGAAAAGAGAAGUGAAGAAGGAGAAGUCUGAACCGCUGACUUCUCAACUGGACCCGCGGGCCAUCCUGCUGAUGGACCCGCGUGUCGACCUCCUACCUCAGCUCCUGGACUUUGAUGAGGUGCAGCGCCAGAGGGUGUUCGAUGGCAAGGUGUUCUGCUGUGGGAUCUGCUUUGUGGAGAAGCUGGGCUCAGACUGCCUCUGCUUUAAGGAGUGCCAGCACGUCUACUGCAAGGCCUGUAUGACUGAAUACUUCCAGAUCCAAAUACGGGACGGCAACGUUCAGUGCCUUAAUUGCCCUGAGCCCAAAUGUACCUCCAUAGCCACACCACUGCAGGUGAAGCAGCUGGUGGAUGAGGAGCUGUUUGCCCGUUAUGACCGUUUACUGCUCCAGUCCACUCUGGACCUCAUGGCCGACGUGGUCUACUGUCCCCGCCAGCACUGUGGCACCGCUGUUAUGGUGGAGCCAGACACAACCAUGGGCAUUUGCUCGGCCUGCCAGUAUGCUUUUUGCACAUUGUGCAAGUUGGGCUAUCAUGGUCUUUCCCACUGUAAAAUCAAUGCAGAUGAAUUGCGUAACCUCAAAGAUGAGUACCUGUCAGCCACGGCUGAGGGGAAAAAGUUCAUGGAGCAGCGCUAUGGGAAGAGGGUGAUCCAGAAAGCAGUGGAAGAGUCCUUUAGCAGAGACUGGCUCAAUGAGAACUGCAAAUGCUGCCCUCGCUGUGGAACUAAUAUACAGAAAGUGGAUGGCUGUAACAAGAUGACCUGUACCUCGUGUAAACAAUACUUCUGUUGGCUGUGCCUGGGCCUCCUCAGCAGAGUCAACCCAUACAGUCACUUUAACAACCCACACUCGCCCUGUUACAACCAACUCUUCCACGGUGUGGAUCUUGAUGAAGAAGAUGCCUUCUGGAGUGAUGAGGAGGACUGACACCAGAUCAGUGCUUUCGCAGCUGUAUGCUCCAUUUGAAUGCACUUUAACUCACUUAACCAUCACUUCACCUAUGGCACACAUUAUGUCUGGAUUAGCACAAGGGUGCCCCUACAGCCAUUUGCAUCGGUACCAUCAUUUAUGUUGCAUCUUGGGUAUAAAACAUUCAAAGCCUGGAUCAAAAUUGUUCAUCUUUACUUAAUAUAUGACAGAUGUCAGAAGUAUUUAGUCAAGAAUAGCAAGAACAAUUUUAGCUUUUUUUCCCGAAGAGAGAAAGCUGUGGUAAUUCUGGUAAUCUUAGAAAUUCAAUUCACUCUUUUGGGUAUAACCGUCAAGGAUAGACACACAGAGUUGUGGUUAGCGACCAUACAGUAUUUCUUUCAGACCCUUUAAAUAUGACAGUGUCAUAGGGCUGAACUUUUAAUUCAAGACUAAUCGGUUGGAUUUCUCUUUAUUUUACUGUAGAUUAUGUCCACAGAUCUACUUUCACUCUCCUUAAUUGGACAUACAUCUCAUCUUGCAGGCUUACAACCCAGGAGCCACUGACUAAGCUCAGUGUGGUAAAUUGCGUUUGCUUUUAAACAGCUAUCGAACUACCCCCUGUGAGUGUUACAGGGAAAAAGAAGGAUGCUGCGUUUGUUCUUCUUUGUCAUAUUUAAUACCCUGCUCGCUCUAUAAAGUAUCUACCCUCUGGCUAGCUUUUUGUCACUUGUCAAAAUGAUGACACAGCUAACUUCUUCAGUCAAACUUCAAGGUGUAAGUGAAUGUUAUGAUCUAACCACCACUCUUAUACAAACACAAUGAUACAUGAUUAAAGCAAUGGAGGGAAACUGGGGUUUCAUCACCCAGACAAAAUGCCAAGACAGAGUUAGUUUUUUUUCUUCCUUUUUUCAGGCUUUGGUUGACUACCAGAGUGGGGAAACACAUUUCCCUCAGACAGACACUAUGUGCUAUGUAGAGAGGUCAUCUUUUCCUGGGAUGCUUUUUUUUUUCUCAACUGAAAAUUGUGUUUAGAUUUACAGAAACAUGUUUUUGCACACCCUGUGAUGAAAGUCAGGUGGUUGGAAAGAGGACUUUAAUGAGAUCGGUUGUGGGGAAUAGGUUUUUUUUUACUUUUUUUUUUUUUUUUAAGAGUCGCAUGUAUUUGUCCAUACAGAAUGUAAUAUUGAGGCUGCAGUUAUUCAUGACAGUAGGUCCUCUGAAUGGGUCACUGAGAUUGUGUGUGUUGGAAAGUCAUUUAGGGAUUGUGGGGUUAAAAGGAAUUUUUUGAGGAAUGAUUUUGACUAGAUUUAUUUACAACCUCCUUUGUACAACUGUUCUUUUAAUUUUGCCAAAUAUUAGUGUCAAAGAGAGGCCACAGAACCUUGAUAAUGUCUAGAUACAAAAAUAAUUUUGUAUAAUGUUAACUUUUUUUCUUUUUUUUUCAAAUUCAAAAGGACUAUCUCAUGCAAGCAGUUCUGUUUGAAAUUGAACCCUGCAUCAAAUCAGUUCUUUUUCAACACUGGAUCAUUUGCUCCUCACUGUUCAAAAGUACAGAAUACUUUGAGAACUGAUGCUGGUCUGGACUGGAAAAGGACAAUCUGUGGUUCAGUCUUGAAUUGCAUAUGGAUUCACUUUCCCAUAGAAAAAAAUGUUUGAGUACAGGACCUGCAGAUUCCUGUCAAGAUGCAUUCAGCAUACUGUUCCUCAAAAUAAAUGUUACCAGUUAA